CCGCUGACAUGCAGUACACCGGGAGCAAAUAUAUCGGGUCAUACAUAAACGGGAGGAUGGAGGGCAAUGCGGAGUACAUCCUCCCUACUGAGACGAGAUAUGUUGGGGACAUGAAGGACGGCAUGUUCCAUGGAGAAGGAACCCUGUUCUUUCCCAGUGGGAGCCGAUUCGAUGCCACCUGGGAGAAAGGAUUGGUGGUGAAGGGCAAGUACACCUUUGCUGAUGGGCUGCAGUAUGAGGACAGACAUUGGCACUACUGUGACAGUUAUGACCGGAGAUUCCACACCGAGAUCUGCUACGGCCUGAAGCCCUCAGGUAUCUCUCAGCUCACCAACAUGGACCCACCUAGAAAAAUCCCCAUUGGCUGCUAUGACUGUGGUGAUGGCUUCUACGAUCCCAGGACCAGAGUCAUUAAGGAUUACCGGAACCGCUUUCUGAGAAAUGCAGAUGAUGAUGAACAUGAGUGGAUCGUCAGGACCUGCCGCAAGGGCUGGGCAGAGAAGCCCGCACAGAAACCCAAGCUGUGAUUCCCUCUGCCCACGCACGGCUGCCGUUCUAGCUUCGGCUUGAGUUUCAGAAUAAAGGUUUCCUGCACUGAAUGGCCCUGAGGGUGAGGGCUUUAGAAGACACCCCCUUUUCACCUGCUUCAGUAUCACCUUGGUGGCA